UUCAAAUCUGUAAGUCCUUCAUUUCCCUUUCUUACUUAAUCUCCCUGACUAUAGAAUCUUCAGUAUGGUGUUGACUAAUCUUUUACCAUGGAGUUUUCAUAUAUGAGCUUUUCAUAUAUGUUCUUUUUUUUUUUUCAAGAUUUAUUUAUUUAUACAAGCCCUGGGUACAGUCAAAAGUGCGGGAGGGUGAGAAAAUUCACCAGAGCCAGAGCAGGGAGCAGAACAGGCAGAAGGACGGAAGAACACUGCUGAGGGGAGCAGCGGGCGGCAGGAGAGGUCUGUGUCCCAUGUGGAACCCUUGCCUUAUCAGGUGGAAGAAAGUGACCUUGUAUUCCUUUUUUGCUGUAUGUCUUUUGAUGAAGAGAUGUUGGAUUUUGAGAAAUGCUUUUUGUUUAUUGAGAUGUCAUUUGGUCUUGGUUUUAUUGAUACAGUGUAUUUCAUUGAUUAAUUUAGAAAUAUUGAGCCUCUCUUGCAUUCCUGAGAUAAAUUCAACUUGUUCAUGGUCUAGAAACCAUUUUCUAAUGUCACUGGUUUCAGUUUUAAUAUUUUGUUGAGUAAUUUAGUGCCACUAUUAACCAGGGAUAUUGGUCUCUCGUUUUCUGUGAUAUAUUUAAUUAUCAGAGUAAUAGCGACUUUGUAGAAUGAGUUGGAAAGUAAUCCCUCUUCUACUCUAUAAAAAGCUUGGAAAGAUUAGUGCUAGUUCUUUUUUAAACAUUUGAUAGAAUUCACCAGUAAAGACAUCUGUCCCUGAGGCAUUUCUCUGUGGAAAGGAUUAGAUUGCUAAUUCAUACUUUUUAGUUGUCAUAGCUUGACAUAUUUUCUGUUUCUCCUUGGAAAUUAUUGGUCGUUGGUGUCAUUUAAAUUAUCUAUUUUAUCUGGGUUAUCUAAUUUGUUAGCAUAUAAUUAAUUACUCAUAAUUUUUUAUGUCUUUUAUAUCUUAAGGUUGGUAGUAAUGUCCCCUUUCAUUCCUUAGUUGAGUAAUUUGUGCCUUUUCUUAUUUUCUUGGUUAGUGUAGCUGAAAGUUUUUUCAUUUUGGUUAGUCUAGUCAAUAAGCAAGGUUUUAUCUUCUGUUCUUUAUUUUGUUAAUAACUUUACUUCCUUCUACUUGCUUUGGUUUUUAAUUAGCUCUUUUUCUAGUUUCAUAAGAUAGAAGCUUAAGGUCUCCCUGGUGGCACAGGGGUUAAAGUCUCAACACAAUCAAGCUAUCUCCAGCCACUGCAGCUAGAUUUUGAUCCCCAGCCAGGGGGCAGACCCACAUGGCACAGCAGACCUCUCCUGUCGCUCCCACUUCUCCCCUCAGCAGUGUAUUUCUGUAGACCUGCCAGCUUAGACCCCAGUUAUGCAUGCAUGCAUGCAUAAAUAAAUAAAUCUAAAAAAUGGAUAGAAGGUUAAGGUAUUGAAUUGGGAUCUUUUUACUUUAUUAAUGUGGCAUUUACAUUUGUCAGUCUCCUAGGCACUGCUGUUGCAUCACAUGAGUGUUGGUGUGUUGGCUUUCAUUUUCAUUCAUCUCAAACUGUUUUCUGCUCUCUAAUACAAUCUGUGGAUUAUUUAGGAGUAUGCUGUUUAAGUUGCACUUUCGUCUUGUCUUCUGAGAGUCCCAUUAUACAUAACGUGUAUAUGUAAUGGUGCCCCACGUGUCUCUGGAACUCUGUCUCUCUUCAUUCAUUCUUUUUGUUCUUUUCAAGACAGAGUCUUGAGCUAUCACUCUCUCCCUUCUUUCUACUGCCUUAAAUCAGGGCAUUAUUCCUACUGUCUCUCUCGCCCCCUUCUGGAACAAGCUCAGUGGGAAACAUGAGUAAUGUCACGGUUUCCUUCCCGUGUCCUGGACCCUGACCCUGUGUUACUUUCAUUUCCGAGUUUAGCAGUCAGAGUUCACUUCCUUGCUGUGGCUGCAGGAAGUGGCGAGUGCAGAGGCACUGACACGGAGUAUGAGGCUGUGCUGAGUGGGCCUGGUAGUGAACGAAGCCAGGCCAAGGUUUGUCUCUCUGUGUGUGUGUGUGUGUGUGUGUGUGUGUGUGUGUGUGAGAGAGAGAGAGAGAGAGAGAGAGAGAGAGAGAGAGAUGGGGUGGCAGUGGGUGAGCCCCUGACACUUUGAAAAUGGUCAGGAUUUUGCUUUCUAGCUCUUGCCCUGGCUGCUUUCUCUUUCACAGACUCCAUGCUGCAUCUCAGAAGGUCCAGGGUGUGAGUUCUUUCCAGAUCUCUUUACCUCAGCACAGAGAGCCUGACGGCACACACUGAUUCUUCCUGUUGCCUGGUGGAUUUCUGUUACCAUCCUGGUAGAACUGCCAUGAAAUUUUAUUAGCUGACAGAUUUCCAGACCUGUGAAGGGACAGAAGCCCAGCUUACUUGUAUGUCCUUCACUGUGGAAAAUUCUGUCUACUUCAUCUCUGCCUCUAACCUGAUAUUGGAGCUUUUCAAGAAGGGCCAUGGCCUCAGCCACAGCUACCCAGAAGAUGAGGGAGGAAGCCACGUGCUCCAUCUGCUUGGAGCUCAUGAUGGAGCCCGUGAGCAUCAACUGUGGGCACAGCUUCUGCCGCCAGUGCAUAGAAAGCAUCCUUGAGAACCCACGAGUGACAUCAUCCCCAAGGGAGUCCCAAUGUCCCCUGUGCCGGGCACCAUUUCAAAGGGAGAGUCUCCGAUCCAUCAAGCAGCUGGAAAACCUCAUUCAGACUGUCAGGGAGAUAGACAGUGAGAGGCAAUGUGAUGAACAUGGGGAGAAGCUCCGCCUGUUCUGUGAGGACGAUGGGCAGCUCAUCUGCUGGCUCUGUGAGCGCUCCCCCCAGCACAGAGGACACAGCACGGCUCUUGUGGACGACGCAGGCCCAGAAUACAAGGGAAAGCUCCAGAAAGUUGUAAAAUUCCUGCGGUUUUUAGAAGCCCGAUGUCAGGGUGCGAAGUUGACCAUAACAGCACAAAUAAGCAAGUGGGAGGAGAAGAUGGAGCUUCAGAGACAAAAAAUCCAGUCUGAUUUCAAGAAUCUCUACAAGUUUCUCCGUGAAGAGGAGAAGGCAUUUCUGUGGAGACUGGAGAAGGAAAAAGAACAGACUCUGAGGAGUCUGCAGGAUGAUAAAGCCAGUCUGGAAAAGCAGAGCCUUGAAAUCAAGAACCGCAUCCUGGAAUUAGAGAAGAAAUGUCAGCUGUCAGCCCAGGAUUUGCUGCAGGAUGUGAAAAACACCUUGAAUAGGAGUUCAGGUGUGACGCUGGAUUUACCAGAGGCCAUCUCUAUGGAGCCUAACACUGUGUGCAAUGUUUCUGAGCUUUACUUAAAUGUGAAGAAAAUGUUAAAGAGCUACCAAGUCAGCGUGACCCUGGAUCCAGACACAGCUCAUGAAGACCUUGUUGUGUCUGAGAAUCGGAGACAAGUGACUCGUACAGGCCCCCAGACGAAGGGUAACACUUCUGGGAGAUUUAGUGUCUUCCGCUGUGUCCUGGGCUGUGAGGGCUUCACCAUAGGAAGAUAUUACUUUGAAGUGGAUGUAGGAGAAGGAACUGGGUGCGAUUUAGGAGUUUGCCUGCAAAAUGUGCCAAGAGGUCUUCUCAUGAGGCUGAAGCCUGAAUCUGGAUUCUGGGCCAUCAGGAUAUGCAAAAUAAAUGGGUACAUGGCCCUUACCUCUCCACCAACAUCACUUCCUCUGAGCGAGCAGCCUCGGGUUGUGGGAGUUUUUCUGGAUUGUGUGGCCGGACUUGUCUCUUUUUACAACAUGGCAACUGGCUCCCACAUCUUCACCUUCCCAAAGGCCUCAUUCUCUGAAACUCUCCGACCCUUUUUCCGGGUUUAUCAGCCAUCUCCUUUAUUCCUGCCUCCACCAGAUGAGUAAAGAAAGGAAUAAAUAAAGUCUUCUUUGUUUAGCCAUCAUCAUAGGGAAUAUAAUAAAAAUCCUGUGAAGUCAGAAAUUUCAUCUUUUUUUUUUUUUCACUGUUAUUUCCUGUACCUAGAAUAGUGCUGAUCUCUCAGUGAGUACUCAUAAAUCUGCAUUGAAUGAAUGGGUAUAAGAACUAAAAAUGCUAUAGAUGAUCAGCCUUCCCUGGGGAAAAACAAGAUAAUAGCACUGAUCAUCCAUCCUCCUCUCCAGUCCUCUUCAGUGGGUCAUAUCUCUGAUUUCCAAAGGGCCUGUCUGAGCAGCAGAGGUCUGGAGGGCUGAGUGCUCCCAUUUUGUUUGAGACCAUCUGAAGUCACGUGUGGGGAGGAGAAGCUGCAGUUGUCUCUAUCAGCUGCAUAAAAGAGCAAGAACAUCAAAAUAGCAGUGACUCUCACAACCUCUAAUGGGUUAACCACUGAUAGAUAAUCUUAGCUAUAGUCCUGGAUGACUUAAGUGCUGAUACCUGCCAACCUAAUGAUUCCAGGUGAGUGAUAACCAAGUAAAGUAUUAUUGAAGAUUUACAAUGGUUUAGAGUGAGAGGCUUCAAGUGGGGAGGACAUGAAGAGUAAGAAUGAAUUUUCAUGGGGGUCUCCGUACUGGAAAAGAAGUUGAUUUAUUCCAGACUGUGAUAGUGCUGGGUAUCUUGAUAUAAUUUAAAAUCUCAAAUGAUGUGUUCAUUGCUGGCAGGAUUGUUGACAGACCUCAUUAGGAUUCCGAUCUGAUCAAACGCCUUUGCCGAUUCACAGCUGCAUCUUUGUCACACCUAAAUUAUCCGACCUGAGUUGCCUGAGACAGCACCACGCUGUCGUCAGCCUGAUCUCAGGCAGCAUUAAUGAUGACCACAAAGUCACCAAACUAAAUGUUUGUUGACACUGAAAUCUUCUGACACCCUCUCACGAGGAAGGGGAAAUGAAGUAAGAGUUGCUUUUGGAUGUUAGAAGCAUGGCUGGAUCUCUUACCUCAACCCAGAGGAAGACACAGAACAGCUCCAGGUAUCUCUGAUACUCCCAGCAUGGAAGGUCACCAGUCAUGCUGAUAGAGCCUGGGGUAUAACUGUUGAUAGGAAGUAAAGCGUUGAAGAAUAGGCUUAUGAAUUCUACUGAGUGGAAGGCAAUUGAGGAAAAACCAGAUUUAGAAAAGCUCCUCCUGCUGCCAAAUUGUGGACAUAUUUGUAUACUGUCCCUCAUCCCCUCCCAACCAGGAAACACAGAAGUUACCACCAGAGAAUGUAGACCCUUGUCUAUACCGCAGGGUUCUACAAAACAAACCUGACUAAAACUGUUGUCUGCCAUUAUUUUCCCCAUGUAUUUGCCUCCCCAUAAUUUCCCAUUUACAAAGUCAUUUUCCUCUGUUGUCAGUUAUAAAACACCAAGAACAAAAGAAACUAUUGUUCCUUAGUUAAGAUUCUAUUAGCCCAAGCUGUAACUGCCCCUUUGAGCUACUCAUGUGAAAUCUCCAUGUGAAUGUAGAAGGCAUGUGUGUUCAGGAAAAUCGCCACUUCUUUAUUCUCUCACUACCACCACACACACUUCAGAAGAACUUAGAAACGCUGUUUGACCGCUGGUCACAAUGUGAACCUUUUAAAAGAACCCUUGGAAACAUGAAGUCUAAGAGAAAUUGCAGCCACCAUUGGACACACUGGCCAC